AUGUCUUGUUUGUGCGCCAAAUGGUAUUUCUUAUUAAUUAGAAUCAAAGAACAAUCAGUGAUCUAUUUCUUUGUCAAAAUGGAGAACGCUGAAUCAAGUGGUAGUUCAAGAUUAAUUCAACAAGCACCUACAUCUAUGUGCCAUCCAUCACAUAAAGUGCACAGAUUUGUAGCUUUAAUAUUGAUGUGUUUUCUUUGUUUUGGUUCCUAUUUUUGUUACGAUACACCCGGAGCUCUGGCUGAUAACUUUAAAGGUGAUUCACACUUGAAUACAUCACAGUUUGCAUUGUUAUACUCUAUAUACUCAUGGCCAAAUGUAAUAUUAUGCUUCAUUGGUGGUUAUCUAAUUGAUAGAUGUUUCGGUGUAAGAUUAGGCACAAUUAUAUAUAUGACUAUUGUAUUUAUUGGCGCAGUCGUUUUUGCUUUAGGAGUCUAUAUAAAUGCAUUUUGGCUAAUGAUACUUGGAAGAUUUAUUUUUGGUAUUGGUGGAGAGUCAUUGCAAGUUGCAGUCAACAAUUAUGUCGUGCUAUGGUUUAAUGGAAAGGAGCUAAACAUGGUCUUCGGGCUACAGUUAUCAUUCUCCAGAUUUGGCAGUACUGUAAACUUCUGGGUGAUGGAACCUAUUUACAGAUGGGUAGCCAACUAUUAUGGUGGCUAUGAAAAGCUUGGUGUUGCUCUAUUUAUAGCCUCGAUGACGUGCUUGGGAUCUCUCAUAUGUGGGGUUAUAUUGGGGUGGAUGGAUCAUAGAGCAGAGAGGAUAUUGAACAGGCAAGAGGAACAGGCCAAGGAUGAACCAUUCCAUCUACUGGAUGUAUUACAUUUCAAACCCGUUUUCUGGCUUGUGUCUCUUAUUUGUGUGGCAUACUACUUGGCUAUAUUCCCCUUUAUUGCUUUGGGAAAACUGUUCUAUGAAAGAAAAUUUGACUUUGUACCACAAGACGCAAAUACUGUUAACUCAAUGGUAUAUCUGUUAUCGGCUGCAUUGAGUCCGUUUUUCGGUAUUCUUAUAGACAAGACUGGAAGGAAUGUCACUUGGGUUAUUCUAAGUAUAAUCACUACUAUUGGAUCUCAUUUUCUACUCGCUUUUACUUUUGUCAAUCCAUAUGUAGGUGUGAUAUCAUUGGGAAUAUCGUAUUCAUUGCUAGCGAGUGGUUUGUGGCCACUAGUUGCAAUGAUUGUUCCGGAAAACCAAUUGGGCACUGCUUUUGGAAUCUGUCAAGCUGUACAGAACCUAGGACUGGCCACUGUUAUUAUUUUCGCCGGCAUGAUUGUGGAUAAAUAUGGAUACUUGAUGUUGGAAAUGUUUUUCCUUGGGUGUCUUUUUGUGUCGUUAAUAGCAGCAGUUCUUAUUUAUAUCCUGGACUCUGCGAACAACGGCGUUCUCAACCUCUCGCCAAGUAAGCGAGAAGCUUUAAAGACACAAAUUGCCAGAACAGAUGAGACGGCGAACCUUCUAGAACACGCAGACAGUUCCGGGUCGGAGCAGGAGGACGUGGACGCCGGGAGCUCCCCGUCGGCGCGGGAGUCCCCGCGCGCGCACUCCGACCGCAUCCGCUCGCGGUACAUCGCGCAGAUACUGCCCGCCACCGUCCCGGACAGGCCG